AUGGACGAGCAGGAGCAUGACAUUGUUGUUCAUUUUAACAACUCUAUUUUCACCAUUAAUAGGGUCGACCCUGAUAGGUAUUGUUGUAUGGAUAUGGUAACAGAUGUUGCAGAAGUUACCAAUAUUUUUAUGGGUGAUAGUUUAUCGAAGGUAAUGAUUGCUAUUACAGUUGAUUGGCUAGAUGCUAGUGGAAAACUAGUACUAAAUGACGAUGAACAGUUACAUGAAAUGUUUUAUUUGUAUAGAAAUUGUAAAGAGAUACCUGUAUUUGUGAAUAUUGAAGUUGGGUCUCAUGUGAGACUCCCACCUCCUCCAAAUGUACGAAUAGGUGAAAAGCUUAAAGUUGAUGACAAUGAACCUAAUGUUGAAAAUGAUGACGUAGAUGCAAAUAGGCAUGAAGUUGAUUAUGUAAAUGGGGAUGAACAUACGGGUGUUGGUGUUGAUAGUGAUGAUGCCCUCAAUGUUAGUUAUGAGAAUAAUGAUGAUAUCAUCAACACACAAUUAGAUGAAAACAAUGACGAUGGAUUUUUAGAUUAUCAAUCAGGGGAUGAAGGAUAUGUUAGUAGUACAGAUUCGAAGGAACUUGAGGCUGAAGUGGAUAAAACACAUAGAAGGAGUAGGAAAAGAAAGUGCAAUGUCAGUGAUACUUCAAGAUUUGGAGUGGGGUUUAAUGUUCCUAAUGAUGGAAACACUGAUUGGGACUUUUGUGUCACAAUAGAUGAACUUGCCAAAGAGCACCUGUCAAAAGAAAAGGUGCAACUCAGGGGAAUUAGGGCAGACACUCAGGCCAGUGAAGGGGCAGACACUCAGGCUAGUGUAAGGGCAAAUGUGAAUGGAAGCUGA